GAGAGGGGGCUGGGGAACUGCGAAUGGGGGAAAGUGGAAAGGAGAGAAUGUCAGUCAUUGAGCAAACCCAGCGCUGAGCGGCAGCACUGCACCUAAAACACUGUUUGCGAGCGACACAUCUACCUUAGAUUCAAUCUCUGCUUUUUCCUCGUUAUUGCUAGACUCCACGCAUAUUCCCUCUCUCAGCGAUACAUGCAACUGAUACCACUCUGAACACAAGAGCUGGCACAGCCUGCCUCUCCACACAGCAACCUUGUAACGAGGUGUUAACUAGCCUACUUUCCUUUCCAUGCGACUCCGUUAUCUCCGGUGCUUUCGCCAGCCUGCAAUUGAAAAGUUUCGGUUUUGAGGAUAAACGAAAUCUACGACCUUCAAAGGGAUUGUUUAUAACAACACGGUGACCUGAGGAGGAUGAACCCGCAGUGAGACUGGACCCUUCCGUGAGGACCCACCUUCCCCUGACCUGCGUGUCCAGAGCCGCCUCCCGCAGCCCGGACACCCCGCCCCACUCCUUCUUCUCUCAGCCCUUCCUCUGGGCCCAGGAACCCCCCUCCCCAGGUACCAGGAUGGACCUGCACCGGGCCGCUUUCAAGAUGGAGUCGUCCUCUUACCUUCCCAACCCUCUGGCAUCCCCAGCCCUCAUGGUGCUGGCUUCCACCGCCGAGGCAAGCCGCGACGCCUCCAUCCCCUGCCAGCAGCCCCGCUCCUUCGGCGUGCCCGUCUCCAUGGGCGAGAAGGACAUGCACCUCCCCUUUAACAACGGCUCCUACACCUUCGCCUCCAUGUACCACCGUCAGGGAGCCGUUCCCGGGGGCUUCCCCAACCGGGACUUCCCCUCCUCCCUGCUGCACCUGCAUCACCAGUUCGCCCCCCCAAACCUGGACUGCUCCCCCAUCAGCAUGCUGAACCACAGCGGGGUGGGGGCCUUCCGACCCUUCGCCUCCCCUCCAGACGACCGUGACGGGGCAGGGGGCUACCAGUCUGCCUUCACCCCAGCCAAGCGCCUCAAAGGCUGCCUGGAUGCAGACGCCUCUCCCCACCUGCGAUACACGGACGCUGAGGGUAAAGAGUAUGACUUUGGGGGGGGACAGAUCCCCUCCAGCUCCCCAAGCGCCCUUAAGGCAGUGGAGGAUGCUGGGAAAAAGAUUUUUGCAGUGUCAGGCCUGUUGUCCGACCGCGAGACAUCAUCGAGCCCAGAGGACCGCAUCGAACGCUGUAAGAAGAAGGUGUCUCUGUAUGACAGCCAGACGCCCAUCUGUCCUAUCUGCCAGGUGUUGCUGCGUCCAGGAGAGCUGCAGGACCACAUGGAGCAGGAGAUGGAGCGCCUCACCCACAUGCACCUCAGUAAGAACCCAUCACACGGACACAAGGACGGCAGUGUGGUUCCAGGAACUCCUAAGUCUAUGCUGUUGUCGGUGCACAUCAAACGCGAGGGAGAGUCACCGGUGGUCUCCCCUCUCUCUUCUGAAGAUGCCCACCACUCCGACAGAUACCAGACAUUUUUAAGAGUGCGAGCAAACAGGCAAACGCGGUUGAAUGUCGAUGACCUCUGCUGGUGCAGGCGCUACGCCAAGGAAAGUGUCAAAAAUGCUCCCCUUGGACUGCACAAUGGAGCCCCCCUUCCCCCCUGCUGCAUUGGCCACGCCCGGAUUGGGAAGAUGAAGCGCCGGAAGCCAGAGGAUGGGCAGGUAUGUCCACUGUGCAGCGCGCCGCUGGCAGGGACUGAGGAGGAGAUGAGUAGGCAUGUGGAACAAUGUCUGUUCAAGAGGGAGGGUGCGUUUGCUGAGGAUGACUCUGCAGACAUUGACGGAGAGAACGGGACCCGCUUCGAGGAGUACGAGUGGUGCGGCCAGAAGAGGGUCAGAGCUACCACCCUGCUGGAAGGAGGCUUCAGAGGAACAGGCUUUGCCAUGUGUAGCACGAAGGAGAGCCACGACAGCGACGCCGACCUGGACGUGGAUGGAGACGACACGCUAGAGUACGGCAAGGCCCAGUACACAGAGGCAGACAUCAUUCCCUGCUCCGGAGAGGACCAAGGAGAAGCCAAAGAACGGGAGGCCCUGCGCGGGGCGGUGUUGAAUGGUGGAAUGCCGUCCAACAGAAUAGCAGCAGAGUUCUCCAAAUGGGCCAGUGAUGAGAUGCCCUCCACGAGCAAUGGCGAGAGCAGCAAGCAGCAGCUGCCUCAGGACCCCAACGCCGCCUGCUCAUCCUCCAAUGCGCCCCGGACCUGUAAAAACAGCGAAAUAGAGAAGAUCACAGAGGGCUCGAAAGCCACCACGUUUGAAGCACUAAAGGCUCGUAUCCGGGAACUGGAGAAACAGAUCCUUCGAGGGGACAGAUAUAAGUGUCUCAUCUGCAUGAGGAAGAGAUUCCAAACAGACAGGGCUGAAGACAAGAAUCUGGGCCAAUCGGGGCGGGCCCUCGCGGUAACAGCGCCCAAUGAGAGGCGGGUUGCUGAGAGCUGUUCAAAGCCCCUCCCCCCGCUCAGCAUUUACUGUUUGUAUAGAGGCUACGUUAUGGCCGGCGGCGGGAUUAAACGGCUGCUCCCGCUCCGGAGGGACUCGUACACGAUGCCCCUCACCUCCAUCCAGUGCUGGCACGUCCACUGUGAGGAAUGCUGGCUCAGGACUCUGGGAAAUAAGAAACUGUGCCCACAAUGCAACACCAUCACAUCGCCAGGAGAUCUAAGGCGCGUCUACUUGUGAAGAAGACUACGCCUGCCCUGACCGGCCUCCCCCUCCAACCCCCCCUCCCUCCGUGUUUUCUUCUUUUUAUUUCCAUUUGUUCUCACCGUUUGUGUUUUGGGGUUUGUGAAGCCCCCCCUCAUAGCUUAAAGAGACAAGACUGAUGUCUUGAUUGACUCUUCCGAUCAGGGGAGGAUUGACUGAUUGAUCAACCAACCCGGUUGGGAACAGAACCGAACCCAGUUGCCCAUUAUCUCUGAGUGUUCUCAGAAUGACAAAUAAACCAACCACCCCUCUCUGGCUCCUCCACCCGCCUGCCUGCCCUCUAGUGGUGAGUGGUCCACUCCACAGUCAAAUCCCCUCCACCCUGGCUCACACUUCUGGUUCUGUGUGUUUUCAUCCUUUAGCUCUCAGGCAACCCAGCUGUACACUGUUGUGUUACUCAUGGAGCCCUCCUCACUUGCUUGCCUCACCAUCGUCUUACCAUGCUGAAAGGUGUGUACAGGUGGGAGGAGGUGGUGCUGUAACUCCCCCCCAUCACUGCUCGCUGUGUGUAGAAAGCCCAUCUUGGUUCAAGCCAUCAGGACAGCCAUGCUAGAUAUUGAGCUGGCCGCCAGUCGUCGCACCCUGCUUGAAGGCCUGGUAAGGGGGAAAGGAAAACGAUAAACUCUGAGCUUUCUACCAAACUGACAACCUCAGAACAUCCAGAGGAUCCUCUUCUUUUCAGACUCUUUUUUUCCCUUCUUCUUUUGUGGUGUUAAAUCGUGAAGUCAACCAAAUCCCAAGAAUCAGUGCAAGCACAUGUAUAAUAGUGUAUGUUAGUUUACAGUGUUGUGUGUAAAUGACAUAGAGCUUACACUUGUAUACAUAUGUGCACACAUGCUUACACACAUUCACACAUAUGCGCGCGCGCACACACACACACAAACUCACAAAAGUAUAUAUUAAUAAAGUCCAGUUUUUAGUUAGAGUUUUGAGGAAGGGUAGGGAGUGAUGUUUAAUCAAUGUGAAAAAGAAAGCCCUCUGUAUUUUUCAACCGAUGUUGUCGUCUUGAGGUUGAAGUUGUAUUUCAUUGUACAGGAAUAGAUUUAAGUCACAAUAAUAAUAAUAAACUACUCAACUAGAAAUUCAA